GGGUCCCCCGAUGUCCCCUCUGGGACCCCCCGGGGACAGGCCCCCGGGGCCACGGCAGGAACCCUGACCAAGCCGGUGCCCCCGUGAUGCUCUGGUCUCCUCGACCCUUCGUCCUCGUCCUCGUCCUGCCGGCCGCUCUGGCGGCCCCCCUCGCCCCGCCCCUGCCCCUGGCCGGGCCGGACUGGUCGCUGCUGAGCCCCCGGGUGGCCCUGGGCCGCUCUUUGCCGGCGGGCCCCCCGCUCCUCUUCCUCCUGGAGAGCGGGGCCCCGGUGGGGGCGGCGGCCAACCGGAGCCGGCGCGGGGCGGGCCCGGGGCGGCGGGGGGAGCUGUCCGUCUGCGACGCGGUCAGCCGCUGGGUGACGGACCGCCGGACGGCCGUGGACAUCCGGGGCCGGGAGGUGGCCGUGCUGGCCGAGGUGCAGACCCUGGCCGGGCCCCUGAAGCAGUAUUUCUUCGAGACGCGCUGCAAGGCCGGGGCCGGGGGCGCCGGGGGGACCGGGGGCGCCGGGGGGCCCGGCGGCGGGGGCUGCCGCGGCGUGGACCGGCGCCACUGGGUGUCCGAGUGCAAGGCCAAACAGUCGUACGUGCGGGCGCUCACCGCCGACGACCAGAAGCUGGUCGGCUGGCGCUGGAUCCGCAUCGACACCGCCUGCGUGUGCACCUUGCUGAGCCGAGCCGGCCGCGCCUGAUGGGAUCGGGGCACCCCCGGGCCCUAACUCUAACGAUAAUACUAAUCGUCCUGGGGUUCGGGGAGCGCUCGCUACGGGCCGGGCACCGUACUGAGCGCCCGGGGUGGCUACGCUGCAGCGGUGGGCAGCUGGGGCGGGGAUCUAUGCGAUUUUCGUGUGGGUGUGAAGCGCUUCCUCCGGGCCGGGCGCU